CCGUAUUGAGUUUGCUCCAACCUGAGGAGCAGCCAGCGCGAGCAGCUUUCACUGUGGACGCUUAAACGUUGGGGGCCAAAAUUGUACAUUGAGGAUAUUUCAACAUACCUGGACGACAAGAAAACGCACCUUUCCAGAGGCACGAAUCCGUCUGACAAGGAGUAUAACACGUCGAGGCUGAAAAAAAACUGGAAAAAUAUGAGAAUAGCGGAUAGUUGGUCAGGUUUUCCAAAUCCCUCAGCGCAACGGACAACAGCAGAAACAACAUCCAUGUUACUGACUGCUGCGGUUAUAAAGGAUGCUUUCUACGCCGAAAACAUAUGCAUUACCUGGUCCAUUUAGCGGUUUAUAUGUGGCUUGUAAACGUUUAACUGAGAAAACGCUCAAGGUUUAAAGGAUUUAAAGCGAACCAGUAGUGUAUCUGGCCAGCCUGCGUAAUGUUUACGCUUUAAAAUGGCUGCGGAGGGUCUGUGGGAGCAGAAUAAGACCGUUGAAUAAUAUGAUGCUUUUAAGCUGAAAAUAUCCCGUCGAUUGAGUUAUGGUAAAGAUUUGGGGGGAACGAUUGUUUUCAAUGUCAUGGGGAAUUGUUUCCCAGUCCUUUACCGCAGGAGGUAACGUAGGAAAUUCCUGCCCUUGUUCAGAAACACAAUGAGGCGAAACAGAUGAUUUAAUAUGACUGUGUUUAUGCUGCUUUUAUAAUAUCACACUUUGAUCUGGGUUUUUUCCAUAAAGUAAUUACCUAGAUUUUUGGGAAAGAAAGGGCGAUCGCUUAUAUAUAAGGAACAUAUUGAUAUGUAAGUGAAUGGAUACCCCCUGUUGUUAUAAUUGAAACAAUCUGGACAACAGAUUGGGAAGCAAGACUCCAGGAUAUUGAUACACAGCAUCAUCAUCCUUAAUACUAUGGAUGCUGGGAAGAGGAUGCCCAGACUGAAGCUUUUUCUGGUUGGGCAGAGACUGCAGGGCAUGCACAGAUAUUUAUGGCUGUGUGUGAUGUUCUCCCUGGUGCUGAUAUCAGAUGGAUCUCCAUCUAAACAAUGUGAGAAGAACUGUCUGUCAGGCAGGUGUGUAAAUGGAUCCUGUGUCUGUGAUCGUGGAUGGGUUGGGGACCAGUGUCAACACUGCCAGGGCAGAUUCAAGUUGACUGAGCCGUCUGGUUACCUAACAGAUGGACCUAUCAACUACAAGUACAAAACUAAGUGCACCUGGCUGAUUGAGGUCUACCCGAACGCAGUGCUAAGGUUACGAUUUAACCAUUUUGCCACCGAAUGCAGCUGGGAUCAUAUGUACGUCUAUGAUGGAGACUCUAUUUAUGCUCCCCUAGUAGCUGUGUUCAGACGCUUUUAUCCAAAGCAACUUACAGUGCAUUCAAGUGGUCUCAUUGUCCCCGAAGUGAAAGGGAAUGAGACAGUCCCUGAGGUGGAGACCAACUCAGGCUACGCACUCCUGCACUUUUUUAGCGACGCUGCCUACAACCUAACGGGAUUUGAAAUAUUCUACUCAAUGAACUCGUGUCCAAAUAACUGCUCUGGCCACGGCAAGUGCACCUCUGGGAACUCAAUAUCGAGCCGUAUGUAUUGCGAAUGUGAUAAGUACUGGAAGGGCGAGGCCUGCGACAUCCCGUACUGCAGGAACAACUGUGGCAGCCCAGAUCAUGGCUACUGCGACCUCACCGGAGAAAAGCUGUGCGUGUGCAACGACAGCUGGCAAGGUCCAGAUUGCUCUUUAACGGUCCCUUCCACAGAGUCUUACUGGAUUAUGCCCACAGUUAAGCCAUUCGGAGCAUCUCUGGGCAGAGCAUCCCAUAAGGCUGUUGUACAGGAAAAGGUUAUGUGGGUUGUCGGUGGCUAUACAUUUAACUACAGCAACUUUCAAAUGACUCUGAAUUACAAUUUGGAAAGUGGUAUCUGGAACACCGUGCCCAUUACUAGCGGACUCCUGCCGAGAUAUGGCCACUCCUUGGCACUAUAUCGGGAUGACAUCUACAUGUUUGGAGGCAAGCUGGAGAGUGGUGCCAGUAACGUAACAGAUGAACUGUGGGUGUUUAACAUACCCACCAUGACGUGGUCGCAGAAGAAUCCCAUUGUGCCAGCCCACGGACAGGUCUACGCUGUGGAAGGCCACUCCGCCCAUAUAGCAGAGCUAGACAAUGGAGACGUGGUGAUGGUGGUCCUCUUCGGCUACUCCUCAAUCUACAGCUACAUCAGCAACGUUCAGGAGUACAACAUCCGUACAAACACAUGGGUUGUGCCAGAAACCAGAGGAGCGAUCGCUCAGGGUGGGUACGGCCACAGCAGCGUCUACCACAGCGCCAGCAAAAGCGUGUAUGUCCAUGGGGGCUACAAAUCUCUUCCCGCCAACAAAUACGGCCUGGUGGAUGAUCUUUACCGCUACGAGGUCCAGACCCGCACCUGGACGAUUCUGAGGGAGAGUGGUUAUCCACGUUACCUGCACUCGUCUGUGAUGUUAGGAGGAACUCUGCUCAUCUUUGGAGGAAAUACCCACAAUGACACCUCUCUAAGCAACGGCGCCAAGUGCUUUUCUGCUGAUUUCCUGGCUUAUGACAUUGCAUGUGAUGAGUGGAAGGUCCUUCCUAGACCAAAUUUGCACAGAGAUGUCAACCGCUUCGGUCACACCGCUGUUACCAGUAAUGGGUCCAUGUACGUGUUUGGUGGUUUCUCCAGCAUGCUCCUGAACGACGUGCUGAUCUACAGGCCGCCCAGCUGCGAGGCCUUCCUGGGGCAGGAGCGUUGUGAGGCUGCGGGCCCUGGCGUCCGCUGCAUCUGGAAGGGUGGCCGCUGCACAUCAUGGGAGCCCAGUUUCACUUACAAUGCUACACCUGCUUCGUUCUGCCCUGCCAAACCUGCUACGGUAGAUGAGAGAUGUUACCGCUUCUCUGACUGCACCAGUUGUACCGCCAACACUAAUGGAUGUCAGUGGUGCGAUGGCAAGAAAUGCAUCUCAGCUCUCAGUAACUGCACUUCUUCCGUGAAGAAUUUCACCAAAUGUCCAAUCAGGAAUGAGCAGAUUUGCAGUAAGAUGGCCAACUGCAAAAGCUGCUCGCUCAACCUCAGCUGCCAAUGGGAUCCUCAACAGCAGGAAUGCCACACCCUUCCAGCCCAGCUGUGUGGAGAUGGUUGGAGCAAUGUAGGGGAUGCCUGUCUGCAGAUCAACUCCAGUAGGGCGAGCUAUGAUAAUGCUCAACAUUACUGCAAGAACCUGGAAGGCAACAUCGCCUCGCUGACUACAGCUAAACAGGUGGACUUUGUGCUGGAGGAACUGCAGAAAUACCAGCAGAAGGGGAAGAAACUGUCCCCCUGGGUUGGCCUGCGAAAGAUCAACGUGUCGUACUGGGGUUGGGAGGACAUGUCUCCGUUCAAGAACACCUCUCUGCAGUGGCUUCCCUUUGAGCCCAAUGACUCUGGGUUCUGUGCUUACCUGGAGAGAGCUCAGGUCUCUGGCCUCAGGGCCAACCCCUGCACUGCCAACACAGACGGACUCAUCUGUGCGAAAUCAGUUGUGAGCCUGAACCCGAAUGCCCGACCCUGUAAGAUGCCCUGCUCCCUGCGCACUUCCUGUGAAAACUGCACCAGCCAGGCCAUGGAGUGCAUGUGGUGUGGAAGCACCAAGCGUUGUGUUGACUCCAACGCCUAUGUCAUCUCUUUCCCGUAUGGCCAGUGUCUAGAAUGGCAGACAGGAGACUGUGUGUCUCAGAACUGCUCUGGAUUGCGUACCUGUGGUCAGUGUCUGGAGCAGCCUGACUGUGGCUGGUGUGGAGACCCCAGUAACACAGGACGAGGGCAGUGCAUGGAGGGCUCGUAUCGCGGACCCAUGAAGAGCCCCUCCAAACAAAGCCAAGACAUGGUUCUGGAGGCGGGUCUUUGUCCAAAGGAACGAGGCUUUGAAUGGGGGUUUAUCCAGUGUCCUGCAUGCCAGUGCAACGGCCACAGCACUUGUGUGAACGGCAGUGUUUGCGAGCAGUGCCGUAACCUCACCACAGGCCCUCACUGCGAAACAUGCUUGCCUGGUUUCCACGGAGACCCAACCAAUGGCGGAAAGUGCCAAGCCUGUAAAUGUAAUGGCCAUGCCAACGUGUGCCAGGUGCUGACAGGCAAAUGCUUUUGCACCACCAAGGGUAUCAAAGGCGAUCAGUGCCAGCUAUGCGAUUCAGAAAACCGUUACCUUGGCAACCCGCUCAGAGGAACCUGUUACUAUAACCUGCUGAUUGAUUACCAGUUCACCUUCAGUCUGCUUCAAGAAGAUGACCAGCACUACACUGCCAUUAACUUCAUGGCCACUCCUGAACAGACCAGCAAAAACUUGGACAUGUCCAUCAAUGCAUCUAACAAUUUCAAUCUGAACAUCACUUGGUCUGUUGGAUCAACAGCUGGAACUAUCUCCGGGGAAGAGAUUCCCAUUGUGUCCAAAAACAACAUCAAAGAGUACAGAGAUAGUUUCUCUUGUGAGAAAUUCAGUUUCCACAGCAACCCCAACAUCACAUUCUACGUAUACGUUAGCAACUUCUCAUGGCCAAUCAAAAUACAGAUCGCCUUCUCCCAGCACAACAGCAUCAUGGAUCUGGUGCAGUUCUUUGUGACGUUUUUUAGCUGUUUUCUGUCUCUGCUGUUGGUAGCUGCAGUGGUGUGGAAGAUCAAACAAACCUGCUGGGCAUCCAGACGUCGAGAGCAAUUGAUGAGGGAGAGGCAGCAGAUGGCAAGUCGUCCUUUCGCCUCGGUCGCGGUGACUCUGGAUGUGGCCGGUGCACAAGUAGAGCUGCUCCAGGGCGGGAUCGAGGGACCGCCCAAGCCUGUUGCAGUGGAACCGUGUUCGGGAGGUAAAGCGGCAGUGCUCACGGUGCUACUGUGCCUCCCGCGAGGGCCGUCUGGUGUACCGCCCCCCGGACAGUCAGGUAUAGCCAUCGCCAGCGCUCUUAUCGACACGUCCCAGCAGAAGCCCAUGGACUUCAAAGAGAAGAGCCAAGGCCUGAAGAACCGCAAAGCUCUGCCUCCCGCUCACCAGGGCACCUGCGUGUGAACCAUCCGAGCCUUUGUGGGCCGUCUUUUACCAGCGUGACCUCUCUUGUGCUGCUGUGGGCAAACAGAGGUUUGGUGUAUCAGAGAGAGACCCCAUGCGCGGGGAUUAUUUUGGUGACAGAGUGCCCUCUAUUUCAACUCCAUAUCCCUCUAUGCCAAUAAAACCAUGAAUAGACCUCACCAGUGCCGUCCGUCUCGAACGACCCAUGCCAUCUCCACCUGCUUUAGCUCGGGCAACACUUUGUUCUUUUUCUAGUGCCUCUCACCUAUAUUGACUUGAUCCAAAACGAUCGCUAUAUUCACCACUUCCAACUUCGUUCCCCGUUUAAACAUUUUUCCAGUUUUUCCUAUGUUGAGAGUGCCUCUCCUAUGGACGUCUCCCAUUUUUAAUGCCAGCUUUACACCAAGCACAGAUGUGCCUCUCGCAUGAUAAACUUUAUCAAUGAAGUUAAGAAUGAGGACCACAAGACUUUUAAAAGUUGCAGUGUUUUAGGAUUUUGGGAUUGUCGCUGGGUUUGUGUACGGGUUGAAAUGCUCACUCACCAACUAGACGUUUUUGCUCAUAAGGCUGCUCACAAAUAACGUAAGAUUAAUUUUAGAUAUUUCACGUUUUAUUUAAGAGACAGGAUUUGAAUUUGUUACGUAAGCUGAUGAAGUUCUGCAUCCGGCAACCUCACGUUAUGAACGGAUCAAAUCUGUCUUUAGCUAGAGAAGUUACAUUUCAUCUUUAUUCUUCUUGUGAAGACUUUGCAUGGAGCACACACACAUAUACACGCUAUGCUUGAAAACCUUAAAUAGUUUGUGGGUUACGUGUCACACAAAAAGUGUCUUCAUGUUGUGAAAUAUAAGGUUUGGUGUGCACAAGCAGUUCACGUAACACGCCGAAAUGUAAAGGAAUCGGAAGGGCCAGCUGGAGUAAACCAAUUGGACUUUAGGGAGUCGUGUCUCCCUGACCCGACAAACAUCGAGUUUUCAAGCUUGUUACGCACCGGAGGAUUGUAUCGCAACCUGUGUAUAGUCUUUUGUUACAGAAUGCUAGUAGAAAAGCUGUCAAUAUUAUUCUUCUUAUUCGUUUUUGUUUUGCAAUGGUACAGGUUUAAAUGAGCAAUGUCUCAUAUGUUUGCAGUAACACUUCAUCUCUUUGAUCUUUUGUACUCUUUAAGUUUCACAUAUUGUGAAGGUGGGAAGAGGAAAAAGACGAUUUUGAUUUGGAGGAGAGCGUGCAAUUAUAAACUGUUUCCUCAAACAGCGAGCUUCAACCCAACACUAGGACUGUGCUCGAGCCCUCUGCGGAGAAAACAGGACAUGCAGGAGACUGUGACAUAUCUCUAUUGGGUGAGCAAGAAAAUGUACAGCAUUUUAAUCUACACUCGUUUGCUUUAGAUGGACUUGAACACGUGAAUCUAAUGUGAAUCGCUCUUUCUCUACAUGUAGCUAUUUCAAUGUUUUGGUUUGUAUUUUUUGCUGGUUUUAAUAAAGGAUAAUUAAAGGUCAAUGGUUAAUUUAGGGCCACCCUCUGUACACGACACAUAAUCACGUCUUUUACAUCGUUUGUGCAAAAAAGAAACGUUGAAUUGUUUUUGUAACACUGAUUCCUGUGUAAUUCCUCUGUGAUUGAUUCUUUGGUCACACAUUUAACUAACUUAUGGAGGUUAUGUUUUUUUGUUUGUUUGUUUGUUUGUAUGUUUGUUGGGAUAUACAGAAGCUGCUCAUAUAGGUUAUUCUGGGCAUUUUUAAACUUCCUUUUUAAGCCAUGAUCUGUUACAGACUCGUAUAGGUAUUGACAGACGGAUUGUACAGGAAUCAUCUUGCUGUAACUCAUAAAAACACAUUCGUUCAUCCCUCAGUGCAUAUCAUUAAUCUUCAUUGUAUUUUAAAGAUGAAUGGAAAAUAAAACACUUGAAUAUUCAAGAA